AUGCAGAAACUAGCACUGAGUUUUUCCUUCCUCGACGACAAAAACGGCCCCAAGACCAUGCUUUCUCGCGCCUCUACCUCGGCAGACGAGUCCGUGGCCAAGCAUCGCACCGAGGCAGCCCGCAACAUUGACGACAUCAUGUCCAAGGUCAAGGGCUGA